AGUGACAGCCCCAAAGAAACGCACGGAAUUUAACUUCGUCAGCAGAGCCUUAACUUCUCCGUUUCGUAUAUGGACACUUGCAAACGUCUUGUAAAACACACUGGACAAACUUAACUUCCUCACUGAUUUGUGGAUAUCGCAAAGUUUACGAUCAUCUCCGGAGUCAUGGAUGUAGCAGAGCAGCCCCGAUGGAUGCACCACCCCGCCGUGUUGAAUGGACAGCACCCGGACUCCCAUCACCCGGGCCUGGGACACAACUACAUGGAUCCCUCGACCCCGCUGCUGCCUCCGGAUGAGGUGGAUGUUUUCUUUAACCACCUGGACUCACAAGGAAACCCGUACUAUCACAACUCUCGGGCCCGCAUGUCCUACAGCCCUGCGCACGCUCGCCUUACGGGUGGCCAGGUUUGCCGACCCCAUCUCCUCCACAGCCCGGGGAUUUCGUGGCUGGACGGGGGCAAAGCAGCUCUCUCAGCCCACCACCCCCACAAUCCCUGGGCCGUGAGUCCGUUCAGUAAACCCAGUCUGCACAAUCCAGCGACCUCCGCAUCCCCCGGGGGCCUCUCGGCGGUCUACCCGUGCAGCAGCAACUCCAACUCGGUCUCAGCGCCGUCCCUCACCCCGCCGUCUCUGUACACCUUCCCCCCGACGCCACCCAAAGACGUGUCUCCGGACCCUGGAGCCACCUCUCCCUCCUCGUCCGCGGCCAGGAUGGAUGAGAAAGAGCCGCUGAAGUACCACAUGGAAGGAAGCAUGAAGGUGGAAAGCUCCGGGUCUCUGCGGGCGCACCAGCACAUACCCACGUACCCGCCCUACUCUCUCUCUACGCCCGACUACGGCAGCCUGUUCAAUGCGGGGAACCUCCUCGGAGCAUCGUUCACGAGCAAAAACAAGAGCAAAACACGCUCCUGCACCGAGGGACGCGAGUGUGUGAACUGUGGAGCCACUUCGACCCCGCUGUGGAGGAGAGACAGCACGGGACACUACCUUUGUAAUGCCUGCGGACUUUACCACAAAAUGAACGGCCAAAACAGACCCCUCAUCAAACCCAAGCGCAGACUGUCUGCGGCGCGGAGAGCAGGGACGUGUUGUGCAAACUGCCAGACGACCACCACCACGCUCUGGAGACGCAACGCCAACGGAGACCCUGUGUGCAACGCCUGUGGACUCUACUACAAAUUGCACAACGUGAACCGACCGCUCACUAUGAAAAAGGAGGGGAUUCAAACCCGCAACCGCAAAAUGUCCAACAAGUCCAAGAAGUCCAAGCGCAGCAGCAGCGACAGCUACGACGACUUCACCAAGUCCAUGCACCAACACCACGAGAAGAGCGCCCCCUUCGGCUCGCUGGCGGGACACGUGUCAAUGGGCCACCACCACCAUCUAGCCUCACCUUUCAGCCAUACGGGACACAUGCUACCUACCCCCACCCCCAUACACCCCACGUUUGGACACCACUCCAACAUGGUGACCGCGAUGGGGUGAAAGAUUGCCCCAGGGCACCCAAGGACGCAUUUCAAUAAGACUGUGUGCGUAGGGCUAUGUUACAGAGGCCAGUGGCACUAAGGGGAGUCAGAUGAAUUCUCGGUGGGGCCUUCUCACUGCUAAUGCUAAUGUAUGUUGGUAAUUUACAUUGAGUGGAGCGGUGCAGGUCGGGUCAGUGUAGAGCUGUGCUGCUGCGGUAAUGAAAGACGCAUUUACAGGUGUAGGUUUCAAUUGGAUGCACUAUAAAGUUUGUAUAUGAACAUUGGAAUAGUUUGAGUCCAGGAUGUUUGUCUUGGUUUGAGUAGAAGGCCAAAAUAACUGGCUUGUUUCAAAGUAUUUCUGAAAAUGAAUGUUUCAAUAUUUAUAGAUGACUAUUUAUUUAAAGAGUAUGCAGCUAGCAAUUGAACCAAUGUUUUGCUCAUUCACAUUGUCUUUUGAAAUGCAAACCUCAAAUUUGGGCACAAGAUGUUCUGCAAUACUUUGUAAAUUAAACCAGGACUGAGCGAUUUUCAAAAUAUCUAAUCACAUUUUUGAAUUACAGUGCAAUUGUAACAAGAUUUGCAAUUCCUAAUUUAAAAUCAAGAUUCACAUUUUGGAGCACUAACAAUUUAAAGAGAACAAUUCAAUUAUAUUUGUUUACAUGAAUUCCAUUUUAGAACAUGCAGUGGAUAGUAGAUGUCUAAACUACAAAGUCAGCAGCAUUUAAGACCCCAUGGAGACAGGAUAUUUUUGCAGUUUUGAUGAUUUUAACAAUUCAAAUUAUGAUUUUUGAAUACAAUAAAAUCUUGAAACCGUAAUUGAAACUUGCCUAUACUGACCUGCCCCAUAUUGUACCACUCCACUCCAAGAUGCCCUUAUUUGGUACCUACUCUAUUGAAAAGGAAGUGUCCAUGCUUCCUGGUCAGGCACAUGUACUUUAUGUAAAAAAAGACUAUUGCACGUCUUUACUCUGCUCCUCACUGUUGGCUUGGUUUCGGGGUUCAGUGAGGCUUAUAUGUAGAAGUGGGAGAUGUAUGAUCAAAAAUAAAUAAUACCACAGUUAUGGUUUUGAAGAUGCAAAAGUAGACUAUAAUCAAAACUAAAGAGCUAAUUAAAAUAAAAACACAAACUUCCAAACAAGGGUAUUACUGGGUUUCAGAUGACGUUGCAAAAUUCUAUGGAGCAAUAUUAUUUAAUACAGAUGGAGGGCAGCUAAAGUUAUUGUUAUUAAAAUCCAAAACAAUCGCUAAUAGAAAUGAUCAGUCUUUAAAAAGAACCUAAGAAGUUAAAGUAUAUAAGAAGACAAAAUGUAACAUCAUUGGCUUAGAAAUGAUCAGGUUCAACAUUUAUGACUUUAUAUUUCAUGGCAAAAUACAAGGCUAUCAAUAGGAAAAUCUGGGUGUUGUAUGAACAUAGAUAUGAAAUCACAUUGUAGAAUCUGAAAAUCACCAAUGGGAUGAGAUUUCUGCACUUCAGUGAAUCAUUUUAUCAUCCAUUCACGUUCUGUGCGAUACUUGAACCACAUUUCUGAUUGAUUGCCGUAAUAUUGUCAAAAAAUUGUCAUAAGGAUUAUUAUAAAAUCUAUUAUUCAUUUUUGUCAAUAUCGCCCAUCUCUUAUAUGUGCCGAACAAGUUUGUAAUGACUGUGAAUAUUGUAAAUAAGUGAAACUAUAGGGGACAGAGCUAUCCCUCACUGCUAAAAUAUGCUGGAUUUUUUGCUUAUAUGGACAAUUUUAAAGGAAAUUGAUACUAUGAACCCAAGCAAACGAGUCCUAAUUUGGCACUGUUUAUUAUUAUAUAUAAUUAUUGUUACUGAGAUAAUUUAUUUUCACUGCCUUGUACUUUACUUUAUCAAACCAAUCACUAAAUACUGCUAUACUACUUCUGAGUA